CGAAAAUCUUGUUUUAUUCGACCCACAUGCCGAGAUCUACAGUAUGUACACUCCAAGCAACUUUACAAGGAAGGAGCAUGAAUUUGUCUGGAGAUUUGGUCACUGGAUGGGAUGUCCAUCAUCGUUUUGAUUUUGUCAAGUUCACAUGUUGAGCUGCAUGUAGCACUCUAUGUGUGUACGUCGUCUUCCCUUACGUAGAGGGCAGACCGAAAGAAAGAAUUGCUCUGCGUUUCACUUUUAUUUGACACAAUUUUCGAUCAUGUUUGUUUGUGAAGUAUUGAGGAUUUGGCCUCAUUAUUGGAGUUCUCGCCCCUCCCAUUCCACUAGGUCUUGAAUGUGUUAUUCAGUUCAAUUUGAGGCCUAGGCUGUGUGAGUCUGUCGUUUGACGUUUUGAACCUCUUAUCGUCUUGGAGAGCCAUCCUUUGUUUGACAAGAUGUUACAUUUUGUGUUAGAAUGCGUAAAGUCGCAUUCUCGAGUGUCCAGUAUGAAAUUUCGAGUCUCUGAAUGGAUGGAGGCUUACUUCAAGCGGCAUGGCCAAUGGGUAUCCGCGCAUCCAUAUCUGGUCAUUGCCCUGACCUUUUUGGCCACUGUGUUGGGAGGGGUGGGGUUAAUGAAUUUCCAUUGGGAGGCCAAUGCCAUCAAGCUCUGGAUCCCGUCAAAUUCCGAUUUUACAAAGGACUUUAAUUAUCUGUGGACCAACCACCCGCCGGAGAUGCGCUUCCACUCGGUGCUGUUCACUACCAAUACAGGAGAGAACAUGCUACAACCCAAGUAUUUCAGACAGAUGUACGAGGUACGGAAAGCUAUCGAUGCCAUUCAACUCCCUGAUAACACGACUUGGCAAGAUUAUUGCGAAAGGUUGAUCCAGCCACCCUAGACUUUGAGACUCAAUUGAUCCAUAUUUUGAACAAUCAAGAUCGUUUCACCGAUGGUUUUGUGUCGUACUCCCAUGUAGCCAGAAGCUUCAGCGACAUUGCCUCCGCCAACAUCUUUACCGAUGUCAACAUGGUUGUCUUGGGGUUUGCCAUCGUUUUCAUCUAUGUCCUGAUCAUGCUCGGAAACUUUGAUUGCGUCGAGAAUCGGGUUUUCGUAUCCUUGGCCGGAUUAGUGGCUGUUUUCAUGGCACUCAUCGCAUCGUACGGCAUUUGCUGCUCUUUAGGGUUUCCAUUCAGCCCGCUUCAUAACUUCAUCCCAUUUCUUAUCCUCGGGUUAGGCAUUGAUGAUAUGUUCGUCAUCAUGCAAGCUUGGAACAAAUUCGCGGAACAUCGGAAGGAUCUAAGCAAGGUGGAAAAGUUCGGAGAAACGCUACAAAAAGCCGGCGUGUCCAUUACAGUUACCUCGUUGACAGAUUUUUUGGCCUUUGCCAUAGGCGCAUCCACUCUCCUCCCAGCCCUGAAGUCGUUUUGUAUGUAUUGUGGGAUUGGGAUUCUCAUCACCUAUGUGUUGCAAGCCACGUGGUUUGUGGCCUGGAUGUCCAUUGAUCAAGACCGGAUUGAUUCGGGCCGAACGCUUUUGUGCACCUCGCAGAACUCGGUCAGCGCCAAACACGUGUCUCGGUGCCUAAAGAAAGUGGACAAGAAUCUCCUACAAGGUGGCUUUGACAGUUAUGGCAAAGUGCUGAGUAGAAACUUGCUCGUCAAAGUGGGCAUCUUAAGUCUCACGGCGGUGAUCCUGGCCUUUUCCAUUUGGAACACGUGGCUAUUGGAGCAGAAAUUUGAUCCAGUCUGGUUCUUACCCAAAGACUCGUAUCUGUUCCAAUGGUUCGAGCUUAAAUCCCAGUAUUAUCCCAGUCAAGGGGAGACUGUCCACGUAUUCAUGACAGAUCUCGAUUUGCCUGAAGAGUUCCCCAAAAUCAAGUCUGUGGCUGAAGCCAUCUCUAGUCAGCAAGACAUCAUAUCCCAUGUGGAUUCUUGGGCUUUGCAAUUCACUAAUUAUGUAUCACAGUUUGAAGACGCGAAUCUCAUUACCUCCGACACUGGGUUGUUUCAAAGGCGGCUUACCCAGUUCUUGUUUAGCCCGAGUGGUUCCAAAUAUCGGUUAUUGUUCCAUUACUCAGAGCCAGUUCAAUGCGGCAAACCCAGCCCCAACAUCUCAAUGUCCAUUUUUGAGUUUACUCAUCGCCUUCUGGAGGGACCCAGUGAGCAGAUCCCGGCCAUGAAUAGGAUCAAAGCCAUCAUUCGCGAAGCCAAUUUCUCCGGACACGUUUUCCCAUUCUCCAAAGGCUACGCCACUUGGGAAACAGAUGAGGUAAUCACUCACGAGCUGGUAAGAAACUUGGCAUUGGCUCUGACUUGUAUCCUCCUUACGACCCUGGUACUGUUGUCCAACCUAAUGGCAGCCCUGCAGGUGGUCCUCUGUGUGGUUGUCACUUUGAUCAAUGUUUCGGGAUUUAUGCAUCUUUGGGGCCUAACUAUUGACACAGUGUCUUGCACUAUCCUCAUUAUCUCCAUUGGAUUGUGUGUGGACUUCUCCGCUCAUAUUGCCCAUGCUUUCCUCCAUGCCCAAGGAACGCGAAAUCAAAGGAUCCAAGAAUCGCUCACAAACAUUGGACCAGCUGUUCUCAACGGAGGCUUUUCCACCUUCCUUUCGUUCAUCCUACUUUUCAACUCGAAUUCGCAUGUCUUCGACACAUUUUUCAAGGUGUUUUUUCUUGUGGUUGUUUUCGGCCUUUUCAAUGGUCUGGCCUUUUUGCCCACCCUCUUGAGUCUCAUUGGGCCGUCUUCAGUGACAGGAUCUUCUGCCUCUCUGGACGAUCCGCAACAGGAUCAGCCGAGUUCAGCCUUGAGCAAACCAAGUGAGCCAGCCUCAAUCUGUCUCGAGCCAUCGAUAAAAACCUGCCCCAUGCCAAAGAGUGCCAAAGAUGGUGAAGGUCUGCCUUUGGAAGAGCUCCUUCAGCCUUUGAACCCUCCACCCAACAGUACAUCAUCGUCAUCAGUCUGAGGAUGCCCGCGAAUACAAAGUUCUCUUACACGUUGAAACGAAUUGCUGGCCAUGGCCACCUCCCACCAAAAGUUGGAGAACCCAAUCAGAAAACUUGUCAGUUGUCAUGUCCAUGAUUACUUUGUGUGUACCACUGUGUUCCUCGUUUCGUUGUCGUUUUUUUGUCUCCACCCUAUCUAGCCCAAUUUUGAGGAGCCACUUAAUGGAUUUCUCCUGUUUACUAACAUGCUCUCGGAACAUUAAAAAUACAGAUGACCCCAACAACUAGCAUUGA